AUGUCGAUUCAUAAUGUUAACCUCCUGUGUUGGAACGUCAGAGGCCUCAACAACCCGGCUCGCCGCUCCGCGGUCCGUGACAUCAUCCGCGACACGCAUGCCACUGUGGUUUGCAUCCAAGAGACGAAACUCCAGCUCGUCGCUGGACGCCUCAUCCGUGACAUUCUCGGUCCCAAAUUCUGCAACAACUUCGCCACUCUUCCUGCCGCAGGGACCCGCGGUGGGAUGAUCAUGGCUGUCUCUGAUGAUUUCUUCGUGCUCUCUGGCAUUCAUUUCACUACUCACUCGAUCACGGCCACCGUCACUAUGCGCAGCGAGGGGAUUCCUUGGUCCUUAACGUUGGUUUAUGGGCCCCAGAGUGAUGCCGAGAAACUCCUUUUCAUCGACGAACUUAGGCUACUGGAGCCGGUGGUGAAGGCGGAAUGGGUUCUUUUGGGCGAUUUCAACAUCAUCACUAAGGCCGCGGAUAAGAACAACACGAACAUCAACCGUCGGCUCAUCGGCAAGUUUCUGGGGCCUCUGAAUUUCCUGCAGCUCAAGGAAAUUAGCCUAGGGGGGCGAUGCUUCACCUGGUCGAAUGAGCAGGAAAACCCGGUGCUCACAAAAAUCGACCACAUCUUCUGCACUGACGAUUGGGAUGUGUUGUUUCCGAACGCUCUCCUCCAGGCGGUGCCAACGUUUUGCUCCGACCAUGCUCCCCUAUUCCUCCAGGGGGAGCCAACCCGAUGGCAUCGCCCGUCUUUCAAAUUCGAACAGUUUUGGCUGCAGAUGCCUGGCUUUCAGGACACGGUGGCAGGUGCGUGGAACAAGCAUGUGGUGGCCCAAGACGCCCUCCGCAGGAUCCACAUAAAGCUCAAUCGCGCGGCUAAGGCUCUUAAGAAGUGGCAGAAGGAGCGUUUUGGUUUUUUGGACUAUCAAUUGGCCAUUAUCAAGGAGGUUAUUUGGCGCAUCGACAUUGCCGAGGAAGAGCGACCGCUUUCGAUGGAGGAAUGGGGGCUGAGACGGCACCUCAAGAACAACUACUUGGGUCAUCUCUCUGUUCAAAAGGUCAAAUUGCGGCAACGCUCCAGUCUUGCUUGGAUCAAGACAGGGGAUGCCAACACCAAACUUUUUCACAUCCGAGUGAAUGAUAGGCGAAGGAAGAACUUCAUUCAGCAUCUCCAAACGCCGUAA